UUGUGUUCAUGAGAUAGAGUGAAAUUCAGCUAAUUUUAGUUCGUUUCAAAAUCCUUCCUGAAUUGCAACGUUGAACCGAACACUUGUGAAUUUCGAGUUCCUCGACUUAUUGGAGAGGUCGUUGGAAAUGUGUGAUCUCGUCCUCUGUUCCCCGCGCAUGUCUCUUGCUUGAUUAUGUUGGAUGAAAGCGUGAAACUGCAACUCCCCGAAUCGCAUUAGCCAUUUUCUGCUUUUAAUCUCUCUUCGGUGGUUCGGCCACCACCCCUCUCCUCUCGCCUCUCGGUCUCUUCUGGCAGCGUCACUGACCCAAAUCCAAUGAUAAGUGUCUUCGGCCGGGCUUCCCGAAAUCUUAUUAUCAUUCAACGGCUUUUCGGAGGUCGGGCUCAUGGGUUGCGUCACAUCCAGACAGGCGCGCCGCGACGCCGUUUCUUCCACGGCUUCCUCCACCCUUGCCACCACCCGGGAAGGCGUGAAGCGACGUCGUACCCGGUCGAGUUUGGGACACUACAAUGUUGGGUUUGGAGCGUUGGAAAAGAUCCAAGAGGAGUCCGAGGAGGGGGAAGAGGAAUGUUGUUCUCCCGCCAAGAAAUAUUCUGGUAAUCCGAAGGCCCUGUCAAAGGUGCAUUCGGUAAAGAAAGCUACUUUUAGUAUCAAAUUUGGGAGGCUACCGAAAGGUGAACACGUAGCUGCUGGGUGGCCUUCCUGGCUCUCUGCGGUUGCUGGAGAGGCAGUUGAGGGAUGGCUUCCCCUCAGAGCAGACAAGUUUCAGAGAUUAGAAAAGAUUGGACAGGGAACAUACAGCAGCGUGUACAGGGCACGCGAUCUUGAAAAUGGUAAGAUGGUUGCCCUGAAGAAGGUGCGAUUUGACAACUUCCAACCUGAGAGUGUUAGAUUCAUGGCACGAGAAAUAACUAUCCUUCGCAGACUUGAUCAUCCGAACAUCAUGAAACUGGAGGGUGUAAUCACAUCCCGAUCAUCAUGUAGCAUAUGCCUUGUAUUUGAGUACAUGGAACAUGAUCUAUCAGGACUGCUGUCUUGUCCCGACAUCAAGUUCAGUGAUUCACAGAUUAAAUGCUUUAUGAAGCAACUAUUGUCUGGACUGGAGCACUGCCAUUCCAGAGGGGUUAUGCAUCGAGACAUCAAAGUAUCAAACAUUUUGGUAAAUAAUGAAGGCAUUUUGAAGAUAGGAGACUUUGGUCUUGCAAAUUUUGUGAGUGCAUGGAACGACCAGCAACCACUGACCAGUCGAGUGGUGACCCUUUGGUAUCGACCCCCCGAACUUCUGUUAGGGUCCACAAAGUAUGGUUUGACAGUUGAUUUGUGGAGUGCUGGUUGCGUAUUUGCAGAGCUUUUCUUUGGGAGGCCUCUACUAAAAGGUAGAACCGAGGUGGAACAAUUGCACAAGAUUUUUAAACUCUGCGGUUCACCGCCAGAUCAUUAUUGGGAAAAUUCAAACCUUUCGCUCGCAGCUAUGUUUAAACCCCAAUCUGCUUAUGAGAGUACACUACGCGAAAGAUGUAAAGAAUUACCAAAAUCUGCUGUAAACCUUAUACAAACCCUUCUCUCAAUAGAACCUUACGAGCGUGGAACUGCUUCAUCCUCUCUUAAUUCUGAGUAUUUCCAUUCAAGGCCAUAUGCUUGUAACCCAUCAAGCCUGCCAAAGUUCCCACCAAACAAAGAGAUUGAUGCAAAAAUCCGUGAAGAAACAAGGAGGAGGAGGGCAGGUUCCACAGGAAGGGGGUCUGCAUAUUCUAGAAAUAUAAGAACACGUCGAAAAGGAGUGGCUCCUAUCGAGGUUUUCAACUCGAGCAUUCACUCUUCUAGUAGAAGCAAUGGAAGCGGUAACUACUAUUCUAAAGGAGCUACUGUGGCCAGGGUAUCACUUAAAACCCCAUAUGAUACUGUUUCUGAGGCAGCUUCACAGACAACAGAGGUAUCUCAAGGGGAUAGUAUUCACUCUGUCCCUGUACAUAUGAUAAGCAGUUACGGUGGAUGGCCAAAGAGUAAAAAACAGGAACGUUCAAGAUUGCAUGCUUAGGCUAAUCCAAGAAGGCCACAGGUGAUUUCUGUAAAUGUACCCAUAGAUUCAUUGGGUUUGCCGGAGUCCUUUCGCUCAUCUGAUAUUCUUCAGUCACCGGAUUUAUCAGUGUAUCAAUGUCGGAGUAUUUCUCCCUUUGCCCAAUUGAAUCAGGAGGUCCGUAAUGGUCGAGAAGGGCCGGGCAUUCUCAGAAUCAUUGUCAUAUAAGUCACACAGAAGGAAAGAUGAUCAGACUGUGAACAGGUGUGACUUGAAUGAUUUGGUGCGCCUUAUAAACGCCAUUGUUGGGAACAUCAGUAUUCGUGACUCAAGCACAUACAAUCGAGUCACAUGAUACGAAUGGAAAGGGCAAAACACACAAUGGAAAGUUUGAUGUGGUGGCAUACAUUUGAGAUUGAUGACUUCUUAGCCAAAGUUUCAUCGGAAACGACGAUUGCAUAGAUCAUAGAUGCAUGUCACAUUUCAGAGGUGGUCCGGAUUGCCAUGGUGGAGGCAGUUGACAGUGACCAACAAUGACGGAUGGGGUGGUUUUGUGGUCAUAGUAAUGGAGGUUAAGCUUUUGAAAUGUUAGGUCUUGGAGUAGUGAUUUUCAUUUGAUAAAAGCCAUAAAACAAAAGAAUGCGAAAUUUUGAGGAGUUGACCUUUGAAUUUUGUUGAUAAGUUUUUGAAACUUAUCUGUUUUGGUAAAUCACCAGGUCAAUCCGUUUUCCAUUUCUUAGCACAUGAGCCUGACUUUCAUUGACUCUAUUUUUUUUAUUCUCGUGCUUUAUCCAUCCAAUCAAUUUCACUCUCAUUAAA